AACGCAAGGGUUGGCAAUAGCAAGAAGAACAUAGCAGAGUACAGCAAGCAUGUUCAGAAGUAUAGUGGCAAAAAAUAUACCUUGUGGUAUCAGGGUAGCGACAUAUCCCAUCAGCCUCACAAACAACGGCUUCAAGUUUGUCAGAUUCAACUCAACCCAAAAUAAAGCCAAGGCUGAACAAAUAAAGUCCAGUCUUGACCAACUUAAACUGACCGACCCAUUAGCCAGCUCGGCAGCCGAAUCCAAGGCUUCCACCCCCAGCUUUGAAAUUGAUGCUUUGUUAAACAGAACUAUCGAAUCGGACACCACCGACAUAUUCCAGAAUAGCUAUGGAUCAAGAUUUGACAAUAACAUCGAACAAACCCCCCGUGACAUCGCAAAGACUUUCCGUGAAUUCAGCAUGAGUGCCGGUAGAAGCGUUGAUGUGCGAUACGGAAACGUUGGCAGAGGGUUGCAGCAGCUUUCCGGAAUCAUGUCUAACAAUAAGAUCUUUUAUUUGGCCAGAAGACAAAAGAGACACAUUAGACCAGCAUUAUUGAGAAAGCUCAAGAAGAGAGAAUGGUGGAGAAGGAAGUUUGCUGGAGAUUUCCACACCUUGAUGCAAAAGAUCAACAAUGCCAAGAGAAGAGGUUACUAAGCACUUUCUGGUUGCGUUGCCGUGUAUAGCAUUAGACAGUCAGUUGUGUAUACCAGCUGGCCACCCCAUCCCCCAGUUCUCUAUAUUUAAUGUACUUGUAAAUAUACCAUCCACUUGUAAUG